CAAACGAAAAGAAAAUUCGCAACAAAGACCACGCCACUGAAGUGAAAGCGGCGGCGUCUACUUGACGGACCGGGACCGCACACUGACCCGCCGCUGAGUAACAGACCUGACUAAUUGAUGCAUGAUAAGUUCAGAGGGAGUUAAUCGAGACGGAACGCAAAUUCAUCUAAGGCCCGUUGCAGCACCACCUCCACACAAUAUGAGCAACACACCCAUCCAGGAGCCACCUGCCCAGGAAUUGUCGUCUGGCAGUGGGCAGACGUCACCCUCCCGACCCUUUCAGCCAAUCUCUGAUCCCUCAGCUUCUAAAAGAGUAUGUUUCUACAAGAGCGGUGACCCUAAAUUCAGUGGGCAUCGCAUGGUCAUCAGUGCCCGCACCUUCAAGACGUUUGAUGCUCUACUGGAUGCUCUUUCCAAAAAAGUGCCUCUUCCAUUUGGAGUGAGAACCAUCACCACACCUCGCGGGACCCACCUGGUGAAGGCUUUAGAUGACUUACUUGAUGGGGGAUCAUAUGUGUGUUCUGAUCAGAAACGUGUGAAGCCAUUAAACCUGGAUGAAGUGAACCGGCGGCAGGUACCGUGGAAUACAACCAGACCCGUCAGUGCAGGGCGACGAAAGCGUCAAGGACUCCGGUUUGGCAGAAGGAAUGAAGUCACCAACAGGCCAGCAAAGGUCACUGAACGAGUGGCGGUACGGACACCAAAGAAGCUUGUGGUCAUCAAGAAUAGGGAUCCCACUGUUAAACGCACGAUUGUGUUGCAGAGAAGAACAGCACCAACAUUUGAGGCUUUACUAGAUUACCUUUCCCAGAUCCUGCAGUUCCCAGUGCUGAAACUCUUUUCUACAGAUGGCAGAAGAGUUGAUAGUCUCACAACACUUAUCCUGUGCGCUGGAGUUGUUGUGGCAGCAGGCAACGAGCCAUUCCGAUUAGGAAACUACAGUUUUCACAGAACGGGCCAGAUGGCACAAUUAAUGUACGCGGAUAAUGUGGAACCAUCUAUGGUGCAGCCCACAGCUCAGAACAGCAAAUCUUUCUCAAGUGGAAGAGGCUCGAGGAAUUUUUCCUUAUCAUCCGAGAGAUACAUUGUCGACCAAAUAAACAAGUCUCGAAAUGGAACAAUGAACAGCCACCUGCAUCACAACAACGGAUCAUUUGAAACAGAGGUCAACCAUCGUCACAACCCCAUGGAGACAUGUGGAACUGGAAGGGUAGAUAAUGACAUGCAUGCUUGCAUUGUACCUAAGGACGAUGACAUAGAAAAGUCUUUCCGUGUGAAUCAAGAUGGCAGCAUGACAGUGGAGAUGAAAGUUCGUCUGACCAUUAAAGAGGAGGAGAUGCUCCACUGGACCACCACACUCAGCCGCUCUAGCCUUAGCAAGAGGACACUUUGUGCCUCAAUUUCUGAGACGGGCAACAGCUCACCUGACUCAAACAAUGCCAUUGCCAAAGACUCCUCUAGCACAAGUGAAGAUGAAUCAAAAGAGGAGAACCAUCCCGCUGACACUGGAAAGGUCGUCGGCUUUAACGACAAGCGAGUAUAUGAGGGCUACACUUCCACGGCCUUGGCAACAACAACAGGUUUCAAACGCACUCCUACUCCAGGUCCUGCACCUCGGCAUGUUAGGAAGAAGGCGUCUGUUGAGAGUGUGAAGAUGGUCACAGAGUCAGGGGUUAAAGAGAGAACCCUGGGACAUUAUUCUUACUUGGAGAGGACGGCUGAUGGUGAGACAACUGAGGGAUACUGCGUUGUCAGACACAGCAGUAGCAGCAGCAACAAGCCUAUCCCAAAACCACGGAAAACUGUGUCUGCAGGGGCCUCCAACAAAGGCUCCCACUCCUCCAUCAGGUCCCCAGGAGUAGCUGAGGUCCUUCAGAUACAGAAUAAUGGGAUGGAGGUUACAGAGACUGUGAUGCAUAUUUAUGAGAGUCAAGGCUGUUACGACAACUAUUUUGCAAAUGAGGAAUAUAGUGCAGAUGGUGGCGCGCCAGAAAGUAAACCAUCGACUGACUCAGGACCACAAUCAUCGAGCAAUGAUUGUGAUAUAGAUUUUAGCCGGCAGCCACCCACUACUGAGUCACGACAAAGACAGAAAGAGGAGAUGUUAUCAUUGUCAUCAGAGCCAAUAACUUCAACACAUGAGCUUAUUAACAAUCGGUCUUCAGUGACUGAGAAUGAGGCCCAAACUGCAACAAACUCCCAGGAGAAAGUAAAAAAAGACAAAAGUCUAAGAAGUGAGAAUAAGAAAAAAAUUAUUAAACCUGCUAGGAAUGAAAAGAGUUCGACAUCAACAAGCGGGUCAGAUAAAAAGCAAAAGGAAAGCAUAGUAAGCCCCUCAAAAAAAAGCAGGCAUUCAUCUAAAGACAAACUCAGCAGCACUUCCACCGUGGGCAAAAAAGAUCUGAGUUCAUCAGAUAGUGCUAAAAGUGGUCAAAAGAGUAGAGGAGCAGAAAAGCAUGAAAUUAAGAAAACAAGUAAGGAUGAAAAUAUGGCCAGGAAAGAGCAAGCCUUAUUAGUUAAAACUGAAAAUGUGACCCCACCUAACAGACAAAACAUAAAUAAGGCAGCUGCUAAAGAUAAUGGCCAUAAUGUAAAUACUCCAACUGGAAGGCCUCAAAUGAAGAAGAACAUGUUAGACAUUUUACAACCCAAAAAAGCACUUCUCCCAGGCAAAAAGACAAUUAGCAAGCCCAAAUCCAUGACUGAAAGCAUAUUAUCAUCACCUAAAAGGACUUUAGAGUUGGGUGAGAGUUUUUCGAUGCCUUCUCUCAAUCCUUCACCCUCUGAAAUUCACCAAUAUGUUGAGAACUGGUUGGAGAAAGUCAACCCAGAUCCAGUACCAUACACUGAGGAGGCUAUCACAGAUGAAUCCGAGCCUCGACCAAAGGUUGUGUUUCAGAUAGGCGGUGAUUCUGAAUCCGAUGAAAAGAAUGAAUGCCAGACUAACCUAGAUGAAUAUUAUCCAACUUCUGGUGGGGGUGUCAAGAAAUCAGCUUCUUGUCUGUCAGUACCACUUUGUCAUGCAGAGACAGGUACAGCUCUGCUGCACAAUGAACAAUACGUGAGAGGCUUAUGUGUUUCAAUGCCGAGUGUCAGAGUCGAUCCUGUUGACCAGGAGAACAGACUGAGGUCACACAAAUCUGCAGAGGCCAUCGCUCCAGCUGAUAAUGAACCAUCUCCAUCUAUGUCCAACAUUUUAAGUCCCACAGCAACGAUAAAACCUGUCUUGCGGCAGCUUUGUUCCUCGAUUCAGUGCAUCAGAGGGGCGUCUGACACCAACACAACAUCCAAUCUUGAGAAGUCCAGUAGCCUUCCCGAUUUCCCAACACAAGUGGCUUCGGUGUUUGGUUCGUCAUGUAAAGCCUUGGUGUCAUUCUUAUCAGUGAUGACUCUGCGAGAUAACCUUACAGGAGCCGCGCUGGGAGAGGGUAACCAAUCAAGAAGCGACUCCGAGGCCAUGCUAAUGAUGGAAUCCCUGCAGAAAAUUUCUGCCAUCGAGGAUGAGGAAGAGCAGAGGGCAAGUUUGACCGAUCUGCAAAGCAGAGCGUCUUCUAGGUUCAGAGAACGCUGGAAGGAUUUUCAGAUUCUGAGGGAAAGGCUUGAAAGUGAACCACUGUCUCCCAAAGUUUCAGAAACAGAAUUUGCCCUGGAUGUUUUCUCUGAAGGGGGUGAGACAUUUGAAGAUCAGCAAUUUUGUAUUGAUGAGCUGAUGGAGGAACUUAAUAUGCCGCAAGACCUCAGAGCAGAGAUUUCUUCAACAAUCCAACAGGCUAAGAGUUUUUACCCUGUAGAGGAGAGCACUUUUGUAGAAGCUGAAAGAAACCAGUCGGACUCAGAGGAAGAUGUAGAAAAAUUUGUUGAAGAAUACAAUGAUGAAGCAAAACAAUCAUCAGAGCCUGAUACUCCCUGCAUAGAUGAGGACAUUACUCAGACAAAACAGGGCGAUGAUAACGGAGAGAUAGAUAACGUAAAGAAAAUGCAGUCUGUGUAUUCUGGACAGGCCACACAGUCAGAACUAUCAGGGACAGAAAGAGAUGAGCCCCUAAAAGACAAAGAAGAGGAACAGGUAGAAGAGGUAGAGGACGAUAGGGAGGAUGGAGAUACAAAAGAGGUAGAUGAUGAUGAUGAUGAUGAUUAUGAUGAAAAGACUGAAACAGGAGAAAGGGAGGAAAAGGCAGAAGAGAAGGCAGUGAAAGAAGAAAAAAUGGAUGACAAGGGGCAGGGGGUGUGGGAAGCGGGAAAUGGAAGUGGAGAGGAGGAGGAAUCUGUUGAAAAUGCAGGGCAAGGAACAGAGGAAGUGAUGACAGUGGAUGAGGAGGAAGAGGGGGUGAUAUUAGAAGAAGGAGAGAAGGAAGCGGUUGAGGAGACAGAGGAGGGACUAAUGGAUGAAGAAGAUCAAGAAGCAAGGGAGGACAACAGUUUUGAAGAGACAGAUGAGAGAGACGGUGUUGAUGAGACAGAGGAGGAAGGAAGGGGGGAGGAAGGGGAAACUGAGGAGAAGCAAAGGGACGAGAUUAAAUAUGAAGCAGAUGAGGUUAUUGUCGAGACAGAUGAAGGUGGGGAAGUAGAAAACAUUGAAGGAGUGGAAGAGGAGGAAGAAGCAGAUGCUUCCACUGAGGAUGCAGAAGAAGCGGAAGAAGGUAUUGAGGUUAUUGAGGAAAACAAUGAGGAAGAGGAAAUGAAUGAGGUUUUUGAGGAGAAAGAUGAGGUAGAAAUUAUGAUUGAAGAGGAGAAAGACGAGGUAGAAAGUAGGAUUGAAGAGGAGAAAGAUGAGGUAGAAAGUAGGGAGGAGAAAGAUGAGGUAGAAAGUUUGAUUGAAGAGGAGAAAGAUGAGGUAGAAAGUUUGAUUGAAGAGGAGAAAGAUGAAACAGGUGUGGUUACUCAGAAAGAUGUAGAGGAGGUUAUUGAGGACGAGGAGGAGGAGGAUGAGGAGGAAAUGGUGGACGUUAUUGAGGAGGAGGAUGAAGAAGAAGAUGUUGAGGAAAAAGACAAGGAAGAGGACAAAACCGAGGUAGUCAGUGAGGAAAACCAAGAAGAGGAAGAAGAGAGAGAACAAAAAGAGGAACAAGAGCACGAGGAGGAUGGUGAGGAUGUUGAGGUUAAAAGUAUAGAAAGAAAAGUGAUUACAGUUGAGGAAGGAGAUGAAACUGACAUGAAUAUAGUAGAUGAAGAAAAGUGUGGUGAGGUUGAGCUGGAGAAAACAGAAAAUAGUUUUGAGGAAGAAUCAGGUGAGGAGAAAGAAGUUUUAGAGGAGGCUGAAGACAAUGCAGGGCAAAUGCAAGAUGAAGAGGAAAGGGAAGAUGACGAAGAAGAAAAUGAACGUAAUGAGUUAAAUGAGGGGUUAGACCAGGUGGAAAAGCAAGAAUCAAACGAUGAGGCAGAGGAAGAAAAUGUUAGUGAUGUGGACAGUGUUGCCGGUGGUACGGAUUGUAAAAGCCUACUAGAGGAGGCCUCAUAUAUGCAGCAGCUAAGUAGCUGUGAAGGGGAAGCAAAUGUAGAUAUUAAGGUAGCAGAAUAUAACACUGAAUCACCAACCAAAUAUUCCUCUGAGGGUCUGUGUGAAGAUGAUAAAGGUAAUGGAACAGACACCGUUAAUGAAAUUGAAACAGACGAGGUAGGUGAGCUUGGCGAGGAAAGGAGCAGCAGUCUUCCACAUGCAGUGGAAAUAUCACAGGAAUUACUUGACUUUGUUAACUUGGCCCUACAGUCCUCUUCACUUAUAUUCACAUACGAUGCUAAGGGGAACAUCAGGAUAGAGCCAGAUAAUGCACGAGUUGUACAAACCAAACAAAUUGCUAUUCCAAAAAGUAGAGCAGAUACUUCAUAUGGCUUAAAGUGUCUUCCAAGCCCGAGCACCUCAGAUUUGUCGGAUUACAGGCCAGAAACAUCAGAGAGUGGUGGAUAUAAAACUCAGGAGUCUGUAGAUAUUGUCACAGAGAGUGGAGAAGAGGCUUCAGGGAGACCUUCUCCAGUCUGCAGAAGUAAGACUGAUAUCCCUAAUGGGAGAACAAAUGUGGAGCGACUGUCAGUUGCAAGUAAUUCAGAAAUCUUACAAAAUUCCAGAUUAAAAAGCGGAGGAAGUUUCUCUUCCUAUGACUCAGGCACUAAAGCCUCAAAGGAGGACCUGUCUUACUUCAGUGCUGCAAGCUCACAAAAGGCAGAUGCCGAACCUGCCACAGAGGUCAUGCAGUGCAUUUCUUUCCCCUCAGAAAAAGACUCUACUGAUGGGGUUUUGAUUGACCAAGGUAGAUGGCUGCUCAAGGAGAAUCACCUCAUCAGAAAAUCUCCUCCGGUCUCCCUGGGAAUGUACGGCAGUGUAGAUAGCACAUCUAUAGAUACAGGUCAGGAGAACUCUAGUGUGGAUUCCUUGCCUCAUCAUAACACCCAGUACAACCCUCUUGCAGCCAUAUCCUCAUCAGAGCUUGAGGAGAUGGCAAAGCCUCAAACUCCGAAGUGCACCUACUACAGCAUGCCACAUGGAAGCGACUCUGACCCCUUUUUGGGUGAUUCCAGUGUUAAUAGUAGUAAAAAAGAUACGAGCAGUGUCAAGGGGAGAGGAUUCAGGGUGUCACCUAAGAUUGAUACUUCCAAAAGCUGGGAAAAUAAAAAUGGGAGUCUGUCUUCAUUUGCAUCAGUAGAGUUUAAAAUUCCAGACAGAAAAGUGCAUCCUGAGGGGGAGUCCUCAGCUGUGACACAGGCAAGAAGGACAUCUAGUGGUGAAAGGAGUGUACUGCAAGCACAAGACUCCCUGGACACACUACGCGUGAGAUGUGGCCAAUACUGUCCCAUCCUAUAAAAGCUGGACAUGUUUCACAGAAAUAUUCAUACAUGCUGGUUCUGUUCUAUAAGUCUUGGUUAUGAUUAUUUUGUUGUAAUGCAGCUAGAAAUGUUUUGUUUUGUCAAAUAAUCAUGAACAAAAACCUUUCUGGAACCCCCUUGCAGACCGACAGCCAUGUGGAAGAGAGUUGUGCCUCUUAUUUAUGUUUGAAUGUAGUCAGAAAUGUAAGUUUAAAUUCAGUGCAGUCUUUUUGGUAAAGACUGGGGAGAUUAAAGUCAUUACAAAAUCAAAAAUAGAACGAUAUCAGCGAAUAAGAAGUUUUUUCUACCGAUUCAAUGCUCCUACACAUCACUGUCUUAUCUAUAAUUACAAGUCAUCAGUAUCUUAGAAAUUAAUGUAUCUGCCAAGGAAAGCAGAUUUUAUAGCUUGUUAUCUUUAUAUAUCUUUUAUUUUGAUUGCUUGUUUUGGUUCAUCCGAAUGUGCAAUGGAUACUGAGUGAUUACUAUUUCCUAUUACAGAUGUGGAUCAUUUACUUUGCUGCUCUGCAGAUCCUCUCAGGAUUUUAACAAAAGAUUACCAUGCAUUAAUUGAGAACUUAUAAAGAAGUGAGAACUGAUUAUUCUGUGAAAACUAAAUUCCUACAU